AUGGUUUUCUGUUCCUGGUUCAACGUGAUGUUCAUGCUUCCAUAUUUUUAUGAUGAUUACUUUAUUUAUUUACUUGAUGAUAUGUAUCUAUCUAUCUAUCUAUCUAUCUAUCUAUCUAUCUAUCUAUCUAUCUAUUACUGUCUCUCCUUUUCUUUCUAUCUAUCUAUCUAUCUAUCUAUCUAUCUAUCUAUCUAUCUAUCUAUCUAUCUAUCUAUCACUGUCUCUCCUUAUCUAUCUAUUACUGUCUCUCCUUUAUCUAUCUAUCUAUCUAUCUAUCUAUCUAUCUAUCUAUCUAUCUAUCUAUCACUGUCUCUCCUUAUCUAUCUAUUACUGUCUCUCCUAUUUAUCUAUCUAUCUAUCUAUCUAUCUAUCUAUCUAUCUAUCACUGUCGCCUCUCAUCUAUCACUGUCUGUCCUCAUCUGUCUAUCUAUAUUUCUAUCUAUAACUGUCUCUCCUUAUCUGUCACUGUCCCUCCUCAUCUAUCUAUCUAUCUAUCUAUCUAUCUAUCUAUCGUAG